CUAUGCCGGCCCAGUGUUGAUUCCUCUUCCUGCCAUCGCUUCUUCGUCUUGGUGUUUCCCCCCUUCCUGCCUCCGCUCCCAUUACUGCCGCCGCUGGCCUCCACUUUGGUUGAGUGUCAGUCAGGGUGAGUGAGGUGAGGUCUGCACCUGGCGCUUUUCCUCCGGUCGUCCACUCUUUCAUGUUGUUACCAUUCCCAUUUCCAUUCCCCCUCCUUUUCUCAAGCUGCUGCUCCUGCUCCUGUUCCCAUUCCCAUUCCUUUCCCAGUCAAUCAGUCGCUCGCUCUUUUCUUUCCUUCCUGAUCUUGGCCGUGCCCACCCCAUCUCCCCAUUCAUUCACCCCCGUUGUUUCCCUCCUUUCCUCCCCUUCCCCUUCCCUCUUUCUCUCCCCCCGUCCACGUUCCUCGUGCUCCUGGUCCUGAGGCCAUCUGAUCCCAUUAACGUGCCCCCCAGCCUAGUCCGAGUCUUUAAUUCGGCUGUAGUAAUAAAAUUUCCCUUGCCUUUCACGCCUGCUGAGGCCAUCCACGUCUGCUCGGUGCCCCGUUUUUCUCGUCUUGCGCAGCAGCCAAAAUCAUUGUUGUUCUCCCCCCAAAAACGUAGCCAUCCCCAUCUCCUCUUCCGAUCGCCCAUUUCUCUCCUCCUUUUCCCUUUUCACAACUACCACGACACUGCAAAUCCCACUGCAGAUACACCCAAUCCAUCAAUUCCGCCAUCGCCACCCAUCGUCGACAUCCUGAAAAGACCAUCAUUUUGUUCAGCUCAUUAAACUGCACUCUUUGACGGUCCCCGGUCCGCGGAUUUCCUGCAUAUCGGCUUUUUUCUCUCCCUCAAAGGUACCAGCGGUCGUCAAAAAAACACGACUUCCGAACCUCCCUUGAGGUUAUUCACGAGUUCCCACUCACGACUCCGCACGGCCACACCGCAGGUGACCGGUGCAGCAGCAGCCUCCUUCCUGCCUUAGCCAACCUAGUCCACCUUACAUAAUUUCGUCUCCCCCCCUCCCAACCCAAAUUCAGCCAAUCCGACGCUAGAGAUACAAACGCACCACAACGCGAACCUGUCUCCCUGUCGGAGCAAAAAGUGAGGUCAUUCAGGACGACCUACUGAUUCAAGCCGCCGUCCAACCAAAAACCGGCCAUUCUUCGAUGCACGACAUCUUCAGCGGUCUGCGAUAGGAAAAAGCUCGGACGAGUUGCACUUGAACUUUUUUUCCGCCUCAAAACUGAGAUUUGGUUCAACUGUUCUAUCGGUCUUGUUCCCAAGGCUUCUCUCGGAGUGGUGUCUACUGGUGGUGGAGGAGAGCCAGCUAUGCGCGACAGCUCCUCGCCUGAACUUUCGUCACCACCUUCCGGCUCAAUCUCAGAACCCGGCUCGCCUCUAAUCAGCCGACCGAACAACAACAUGGACAUGGACGAGAUCAUCGUCGACCCCUCUCAACCACGCUUCGGCGUCCUCACAGGAAACGAGCAACCCCAACCGGAAGUUCGCCUUACGGCCGCCGGCCUCCCGCGCAAGAAGCCCGGUCGCAAGCCUGGCUCUACCGUCAAGCCCAGAAACCCCGAUGAGCCGCCUAAAGUUCGCCGGCCGAGAAAGCCUCGCGACCCUAAUGCGCCGCCCAUUCAGAGGAAGAGGAAGUCGGCACCAGCACAGGAUGCCGAUGCCGGCUCGGACUCGAAAUCUCUCGCAGCUGCAGCCGCCUCGUCUUCAACUCCCCCCCCUCCUAGACAGGCCAAAACCAUAGAUAUUGCUGGUAUUACUUCCGAAUCUCGGCCUGGCUCUGCCCAGCCCGAACACACAGCGCAGAAAGCGCCCAAGCGAGAGGAACUACCCCGUUCGAUGCAGGGCAUUUUGAACGCCGAACCAGAGGUCGAGUCGAAGCCGCACAGCGCAGCUCUGCCGACGCGCAUGAGUGGACAUUACGAUCCCAUCCGGGGCAGCUAUGAUCCCGUGAGAGGAAUCUUUGGCAUCGCGUCUUCGCCGAGACCCACAACUCAGCCCGUCAAUCGACCUAGCGCGUCGCCUUCAAUUGCCAGUCUUGUCGAUCCGCCCGCACAGAACGUAACGUCGCCUUCGGCCCAAACUUACGGCGCUUCAACUCAGUCCCGAACACAAGACAAUGCACCUGUCCCCGCCUCGCCACCUUACCCCGCUAGAUCGGCUCCUCAACCCAUUGCGAAACCACCUGUUCCCGACCCGAAGAAGGCACUCGCUCCCCCGCCGGUGCCCAAUGCGAAGACCGAUGCUAAGUUAAAGGAUGCAGUCUCGACUGCUGGCUCCGUCGCGAGCAAGAAGCCCUCGCCUAAGCAGAAACCACAGAAGUCUGGCAUCUCGUCGCCCAAGAUCAGUGCGUUGGACGAGCCUCGUGGCGACGUCCUUUCCGAUCGAUCCAUUCUCGACUUUGGCAGGGCUGAGAAUGGCAAGGAAUACAAGGCGCCAGACAUUGUUCUCGACAUCCCUAUCAAGCCGGGCGACACCAACAUAUACGUCAACGUGAUGCGCAUGGCGGAGGAGAAGUAUGGCUGGGAUGCUCUGCACCCCCGGCUGGCGGAGAAGCGAGACCGCAAAGCGCGUAUUGCUGCCGCCUCUGCUGCUCUGGAGAAGACGGCGUCGGGACAAGAAUCGGGCGACGAGAUGUCGGAGGAUUCAGACAAGGAGGCCAGCAACGUGGAGAUGGGUGGCAUGACCAGCGGUGCUGACGUGCCAGAGAAGCCGAAAAAGAAGAAGCGCAAUUUCAAGGAAGACGAGUACGACAAGGACGACGACUUUGUCGACGACUCCGAGCUAUUGUGGGAGCAGCAGGCUGCCGCCAGCAGAGAUGGAUUUUUCGUGUACUCUGGCCCACUGGUGCCCGAGGUCGAGAAGCCCGUAGACACUAGACCCGAUGGACUACCCAAACGUGGUCGCGGUAGCCGAGGCGGUCGCAUUGGCGGCCGUGGCGGCACCACUCGCGGCGAAGGCGGCACCGGCCGUGGCGGAGGCCCAGGGUCCAGAGGCGGUCGAGGAUCUCGUGGUGGUUCACUCACACGCAAGCCGCGCAUCACAAAGUCGGAAAAGGAACAACUCGAGCGUGAGAAAGCCGAACGCCAGCGACAAGCAGAGCUUAGCGCCAAGUCUACGAACGGCUAUUCGCUCCAGCCCCAGACACCUUCCUUCGCGGCAGGAAUGGCUGGAGCAUAGACUGCGUCUACAUGGCAACACUCUC